AUGAAAAUCAUUCAAGUCUUCGGAACAAAUUUAACGUUAAAUAGCAAUGUAAUACACCUGGACGCAAGAAUGAAGUUCUGGAUCCCAAAUAGAGAUGCCGAAAAACCUUUAGGUUCCCUCGUUCCAGUAAAGAGGCAUAAAAUAAGGAGGCUUUAUAGGAUUGUCGAGGGAGGGGGAGUGAACGGUGAUUUGGAAAACGGUCUGGAUAAACGAGGAGAGUUUGGGAUAAAUGAGAAGGAAUUUGUUUGUGUUUGUAGGGGUUUGGGUCUGGGGCCAUAUGUCCAGGCUACAGAUUGGAGCCCGAGUUGUUACGCCCCGAAAAACCUUAUUUAUAUAAUUUCCUUUGACUCAACCGAUCCCCAAUCAUCCCUUCCAUUGAGGCCCCUCGUCCAAUCAACGGUUCAGCGAAUUCUUCUACUUCUUCACCAACGGCUCAGCUCCUUCGCUACUGCCGUCCGAGAGGAUGCGAGUGCGAACUGCUGGCCAGAUGCUUCUGGACAAGUAUAUUCUUCCGCAGUGGAGAAGAGUGGUCAGGAUCGGGAGAUCACAGUAUUGUCUGGAGGCGCUGAACGGGGCAGUGGGACCUCGCCCACCAUCCUCCUAGUCAGAGGGAAGGGCGGACCGAGUGGAGUUUCCUCAGGUUGUCCAUCGUCGUGGAGUCCGUCGGGUCUAGCCGGAGGGCUUCCCGGUAGGCAGCAGCCGCUUCGGAGGCUUUCCCGUUGA